AUGAAGAUAGCGCCUAAAAAUAGAGCAAUUAAUUCUAGUUAGUUAAAAUAAUAGAACAGUUUCUGUAACAAAGAAAGACUCGCGCCCACAUUAAAUAGAAACAAAAGUGGAGAAUUGUUUAUAGAAAUAAAUAACUUCAGUGGAUAAAAUUGUAUUUGCAACGAAAAUAAUAUUUGUUUGUAAGCAUAAAUGUCCACAUUUGAUAGUAAAGUUAAGGAAUAAAUAAAGCUAAGCUAAAUUUUUGAUUAUUUAGAAGAUAUCUUCAGUGUGUAAAUAAAUUAUUAAUUUGUUAUUUUAUGA